UUUCAGUUAGUCUCCGUACCAAUAUGAGUCAAAGCACCGGUUCCUCUAACCUCGGUCGCUACCACGAGAGUCCGCCAACGACGGAGGCUCGCAAUGUGUCCGGAAAAAACACAUUCGGCGGUUGCUUCAACUCGAACAGCUCCAACAUUUGGACGCCGAACCGGAAUGUGGAUUCUUCGAUGGGAUUUCAGCGCGUCUCAUCGACACCAAAGAAUGCUUCGACUCCGUAUCGUCAAGGAUUUGGAGGACAAUUUUCCAAAUGGCGGACUUCUACACCGAUGACGACUCCGGCACGUCAUCCUCAACAGGCCCUGAGACUUAUCGAUUUGGAGAACAACGCGUCGUCCCCGAACACUUUGAACUCGAGCACCCGCAGCUACAAAUGCACACUUCCAAUCUGGGCUGGCGACGGCGAGGGAAAUGUUUCGGACUCGGUCACUCUUCCGGAUGUGCUCGCCAACGACGCUCUCGUGGAGUUUGCCACUGAUAAGAAUGGAUGUCGAUUCCUUCAGGAGCAUUAUCCAACGGAGAGCGACAAUGACAUCCACCAGAAACUCUUCCGUAAACUGGUGGAGGAUCGUGCUAUCUUCUUGUCGCUCUGCUGUAACAUGUUUGGUAACUUUUUCGUGCAACGUGUCUUGGAGUGCUCGAACACUGAGGAGCAGGAGAUUCUUACGGAGCACUUGGCUAGUGAUUUGUACAAUCUCUGCCUUGACAAGAGUGCGUGCCGAGUCAUUCAACUGGCUAUCCAGAAGCUUGACGUUCAUCUUGCAACUCGUUUGUCCUUGGAGCUCCGUGACACGUACCUCGUCCGUCUCAGCAUCGAUCAAAACGGAAACCACGUGAUUCAGAAAAUCGUCAAGACGCUUCCAGUCUCUGCGUGGAGUUUCGUCGUGGAGUUCUUCGCCGACGACGACAAUCUCAUUCACGUGUGCCAAGACAAAUAUGGGUGCCGUGUCAUUCAAUCGACCGUUGAAACUCUGUCUUCUGAUACAUACGCGGAAUGCUACCAACAACGCGUCGUUCUUCUUCGAAGUUUGAUGUCAGGAGUCACUCGCAACUGUUCUCAACUGGCUUCCAAUGAGUUUGCGAACUACGUUGUUCAACACGUAAUCAAAUGUGGAGACGCGAUGGCUGUCUACAGAGAUGUUAUCAUUGAGCAAUGCCUUCUGCAGAACUUGCUCUCGAUGUCUCAGGAGAAGUACGCUAGUCAUGUGGUCGAAGUGGCGUUCGGAUGUGCUCCAUGCCGUCUGGCUGCCGAGAUGAUGAACGAGAUCUUCGAAGGCUACAUUCCACAUCCAGAUACCAAUCGCGAUGCUCUCGACAUUCUGCUCUUCCAUCAAUAUGGAAACUACGUUGUUCAGAAGAUGAUCCAGAUUUGUGUUCUCGGUCAGAAUGCUCGAGAUCAGAAGCAAGCGGAGAUGUACGGCAUGUGGCUCGAGAAGAUUCGCGAACGAGUCAUGCGAAACGCCAAUCGCCUCGAAAGAUUCUCGUCGGGCAAGAAGAUAAUCGAAGCGCUCCAAUCAAUGUCCUUUUACUAGAUAUAGGCAAUUCAUUUGCAUUAUUAUCCUAACCCCCACUCACGUGUAUUAUUAUUAUUAUUAUUAUUAUUAUAUUGCUAGAAAACAUUAGAAAGAGUAUUGCAACCUCUUCCAUGUUAUAUGAAGACCCCGGCCCCUUUUUGCACAAUAAUUGAUUUAAAUUCUGUGAAUAAAGAAUUUACAAACUU